AUGGAUGCAAAUGCAAUCCUAAGUGUUGAACAAAUUUCACUGGGAACUGUUGUUGCAAUUGGGCUGUUUACUCUGUGGCUCAUCAAUGGAUAUCUGAAGAAUGGCCGGAAAUCGAAGACAUCUUCGGGCCUCACUUCUCCACCUGGAAAGAUUUCAAACGCAAUAAAGAUCAUUUCUUGUGAUAAAAACAUGAUUGCAACCAGUGAUUAUGGUGAAUAUCAUAAGACGAGCAAGAGGCAUAUUCUCAAUAGUAUGUUGGGACCUAAUGCUCAGAAACGACAUCAAAUCAACAGGGAUAUCAUGAUAGAAAACAUGUUGAAACAAUUGCGAGCUUGUCUGAAAGAGAAUCCUCUGGCAGCUGUGAAUUUCAGAAAAAUAUUCCGCUCGGAACUUUUUGGACUGACAUCGAAACAAGUUUUUGGACAUGACGUGGAAUCUAUAUAUGUCGAGGAACUUGGAACAACAUUGUCUAAGCAAAAUAUCUUCGAGAUUUUAGUAGUCGACCCUAUGAAAGGCGUCCUCGAGGUAGACUGGAGGGAUUUCUUCCCAUAUCUAAAAUGGAUACCAAACAAGUCUUUCGAGAAUAAUGUCCAGCGAAUUUAUUCUCGUAGGCAAGCCGUGAUGACAGUGCUCAUCAACAAACAGAAAAAACGAAUUUCCCGUGGGGAGAAAGUGAACUGUUACCUCGACUAUUUGUUAUCUGAAGAAAAAACGUUAUCCGAAAAACAGAGGCUCACGCUAUUAUGGGAGGCCAUAUUAGCAUCAUCUGAUACUGUUUUGGUUGCAACUGAGUGGGCCAUGUUUGAACUUGCUAAAGAUCCAGAACGACAGGAUCGUCUGUAUCGGGAAAUUCAAAGUGCUUGUGGAAAUGAUAAAAUCAUGGAGAAAAAGUUAGGCGAAGUUCCGUUCUUAUCUGCAGUUUUUCAUGAGACUGUGAGAAAGUAUAGCCCAGCUCCUAUAGUUCCUCUGAGAUACGUUCACGAAGAUACUCAAAUAGGAGGAUAUCAUAUUCGAGCAGGAACUGAGAUUGCUAUAAAUAUCUAUGGAUGUAACAUGGACAAGAAAGUAUGGGGAAAUCCUGAAUGCUGGAACCCCGAGAGAUUUCUUGACGAAAAAUACGAAAUGACGGAUUUACACAAAACGAUGGCUUUUGGAGCUGGGAAAAUGGUGUGCCCCGGAGCCUUAAUGGCAAUGCUGGUGUCUUGCUUGGCAAUAGGUCGAUUAAUUCAGGACUUUGAAUGGAGGCUUAAGGAUGGAGAAGAAGAAAAUGUUGAUAUGAUUGGGUUGAUGACUCAGAAGCUUCAUCCAUUGCAAGUUGUUUUAAGGCCAAGAAAUUGA